CGUUUCACGGGCAGAUAUUGCAGAAUCAAUUAUUACGAUAGUGUUUUCAUCACGCAAGUUCGCAGAUCAUGAGGCUAUUUAUCUUUGUUAUCAUGGUGGCCACUGUAUGGGCCUCUUAUGAGGAGAAUUAUGAUAGUGGUACCACUUAUCACGAAACGUCGAAACCAGUGGAGAUACCGAUCUACAAGAAAUAUGCGAUACCAAUUCCGCAUCCAGUCCCUGUCCCGGUGCCUCAACAAAUUAAGGUUCCAAUACCUCAGCCCUAUCAAGUCCCAGUCGCAGUUCCACAUCCAGUUCCCGUGGAAGUUGUCAAACACGUCGAAAUACCUAUUGAAAAGCCAGAGCCGUACGUCGUGGAGAAAAAGGUACCAUACGUCGUCGAGAAACCAUAUCCGGUGACUGUGGAAAAGCAUUUUCCAGUACCAAUACCUAAACCAUAUCCAGUUCAUGUGCCGGUCUACAAACAUGUUUUCCACCAUAAGAGCAUGAGACAUAAUUGGAAGCAUUGAUUCGCAAAUCUGGAUGAUUUUUUAAAAUAUUUUUAUACCAAAAUUAAUGACAAAGCAUUACAUAUGCAACAAUAGAUUGUAAGCAUAAUG